GUGCCUGAAUGACAAAAUGGGUUACUUGUGUAGCUUGGUUUUAUUUAGGAUUGAAGGAUAUUAAAUGAAAACGGCAGUUUGUGCACAUUUUAGUCUUCACAAGUUAACUGAUUUGGCUAGCGUAGUAGUAAAUGGUGUAAGAGAGUGUAGUGAACAAUCAAAUGCUUAAUAAGUUAACAUGAAGUUACCUGAAGUAUGAAAAUUGAGAUCCACAGCCAUACAAAGGCACAUAAAUGGUUUUUAAAAUAGCAAACCACCAAGCGAUGCGUUUGGUCUGUUUACGAUGCUUGAUCAUAUUUUUUCGGCAUGGAUGUGGUUUGGAUCAAGCCGGCCAGGAAUUUGUAGUGGUACGGUUUUAAUAUUCAUUUUAAUUUUGUCGACUUGGCUGUCUGGUAUUCACGCGAGCCUAAGUUUGGGACCAGGCGGCGAAUUUCCUGGAUUUUAUGAUUUCGUAUUCUAUGCCUUCAGCCAUGAGGAGUUAACCUCUUUCCUCUACAACAUCACUCUGCUGCUGUGGCUCGGACCAUGUCAAGAAGCAAGAUGGGGAACUUUUGUCUUCCUCACCCUGUCCUUCAUCUCCACCGUGCUCCUUCCUCCCAUUUAUGCCCUGUUUCUUUUUGUCACCGGGGAUGAAGCCAGCAGGGUCAGCGGAUACUCUGCCACUCAUCUAGCUCUGUUCACAGCUCAGUGUCGGCAGGUGAAGCAGAGGAGAGUUCUACGCUGUGUUCCUGUCUGGUUCUUGCCUUGGUUCUUUUUAUUAUUGGACCUCUUUUUGCUUCCCGGUGCUCCGGGUCUACUGCAUUUUUAUGCCAUUUGCCUGGGUCUCAACUACAAUAAUGAGUUUAUUGAAAUAUUGGAGAACAUUGAGAGACUGGGCAUAUGUGCCUGUUUGCCAAAAUGGGCAUACAUUCCUUUUACCUCUCAUCCACAUUUGCCAACUUACAUCAGGGCCUCAAGAAGACCAGAGCCAUCUGAUGAGCCAUCUCAGAUGGGACACAUGCCAUCAACCAGCAGAUCCCAGUUGGAAGAUCAUUCGCACUUACGGCAACAUUCUGUUCCUAUGUGGCAUCAGGAGUCUUUGCCAACAGAUGCACAGAUGUUAGAGGAGCAGAUGCUAAGAGCAGGGAUUUUAGCAUCAUUACAGGAUGCACCUGAGGGUGCAGAUGAAAAAGUUGAAGUACCCAAGUCUUCGGUAUCUUCAUUACGACUGCAACAGCUGGAGAAAAUGGGCUUCCCCACAGAGAAAGCUGUUGUGGCUCUUGCUGCUACAGGGCAGCUGGAUGGAGCGAUUUCCCUGCUUAUUGAUGAUCAGAUCGGGGUGGAGACUGUGGUCAUCUCUAAAGGGAAGAAGUCCUUGUCAUAAUAAUAGCUUGU